UAGAAGGGCACAAAAAUUAGAGAGGGACAAAACAAUCCCAUAAAACCUUUUACGCAAAUAAAGUUGUCCCCUUGAUCACGUUACUUAAGCACUCUCUUAUUUUUUUCUGGUACAUGUCAAGCACUGUCUUGUUUGUUCAUCAUAAAAAAUUCAGCCAAAAAAUCAAGUCUUUGCGGCUGCAAUAUUCUAGAUACCAAAGUUCUAUUUUGCUUGUGGAUUGCUGCUGCAUAGGUUACCAGGUCCUUUUGUUCUGCAUGGAUCCAAGUAAUUCUUUGGAUGAUAAGUCUGAAAGCAGACUUUAUGUUGGAAACCUGGAUCUUAGAAUAUCAGAGGCUACUUUGAUUAAGAUGUUUUCUUCCUUUGGGAAGAUUGUAGCUGAAGACUUCCUGUGGCACACUCGUGGCCCUAAGCGUGGGGAGCCACGUGGUUAUGCUUUUGUCCAGUUUAGCACUAAAGAGGAAGCUGUAUUGGCCAAGGAGAAGAUGCAUGGAAGAUUGGUCUGUGGUAGACCUUUGGUUGUUAGGCUUGCCAGUGAGAAAUAUUUGAUGGAAGGGUCUGAAAGUUCUUCUUCUGCAGCUGGUGGGGAGACGAGCAAGUCAAACUUUAUUGCUGGCUCCUCGGCUCAAAUGAGCAAGAGUGCCAAAAUAGCUGCAAUUAAGAACAAAUUGAAGGCCAUGGAAGAAGGAAGCCAGAACUCAAAGAGACAAAAAAAUGGCUGACAAGUUGUCAGAUGGUUGAUGUCAGAUGUCAAGCUUAGUUGAAGUUUUCUGGUCUGCAUCACCUAAACAGACUCUUAACUCAUUUAUUUUGCCGUUCUCAGAGUUACGAUAUACAUUAUCUUUGUAUUAUGGGAAUGCCAAUAUUAUUAUUCAAAAACCUCUUUGCAUAUCAACUUUAUUUUCCUGGCAGUAACCAGACAAGUGACAAAUGCUAACUUACAGA